AUGGCGACCCCAAUGGGCCCUCCAGUCCUUCCAGGCUACUCACUCCGCGUGCAGCUCUUCUCACCACUUGCGCAUGCCUUGGGCGACAAGCCGAUACGAUGCUUUCGAGUUGUUACCAAUCCCGAGGCUACGAUACGGGAAUUCUGCCAGGAAGCUUCACGGAUUCAUGAGAUCAACUAUGGAGAGCCACUUGCGAUCAAAAAGGUGCAAGACGACCAGGAAUUUGAUAUCACACAGAACGAGAUUCUAGGACAUCUCUUUACGAAUACGGCUACCAUCCGAGUGAUUCAAGCUGCUGCGAACCCCAGCAUCCGCGACUCUGUUCCUCCAACAUCGGCCCUUCGAUUCGAUCCAAACGUAACUCGCAAGAGGGAAAGGGAGGGAAGUGUGCGACCUAAUGGAACAUCCCCGUCAAGUGCUUGGAAACCCAACAAGAGACAGAGGGUAUCGGAACUGGAUCCAGACGAACCUCUACCAUCCCGAGAAAAUGAACCUGAGCGGAGGAAUGGUCGUGCACCAGAAGUCAAGGUCAUCCCCGAUUCACAAGAUGAGGGACCGAGUCCUAGGCAAUUCAACCCUUCACGUCAAGUAAGACAAAACCUUCCUCGAAUCCCAGAGACCGCUUCUCCAUCACCUCCACCAGAAGUGCAACACUCCCCAAAACUUGCGAAUGGCAACGCUGACCAGCAUGGCAUAAAGUCCGAGAAACAGAGUCAAAAUGGUGUCUCGAACCACAGUACCGAAAUGCAGAACUCAAGUCCCCUCGUACAAGCUUCGGAACGAGCACAAUCAAACGGUUCACAAAGAGCGAAGAGUUCGAGCUAUCAUAUUUCGAGACCUGCGGAUCGCGGAACGUCAGUCUCCACUGCAGCCACCAGCCCAUCUUCUGUUGACCAGCAAACCCCCACUCAGAAUGGCCUCAUAUCAGCGAACAAGCGCAAGAGAACUGACCCUCCACCAAAACCACGCCCAAAUGCAAAUCGAUCGACGAAUGAGGAUACCAUCUACGACAGCAUUGUGUCAGAGGAUGAGGGCGCUGCGAUUCUGAGAAAGAAGAAGUCGUCGUUGAAGAUGCGGAAUAGUCCGAGCAAUGGUCUUCCUGGAAUUGAUUCAAUUUGGUCCAACAACACAUUCAAUACGCCACCCAAUGGAACCCGACGCCCGGUUCGAUCCCGGGAAGGUUCUUCAGCUGGCGAACUGCCUCUCACUCCAAACAGCAAAGAACGCGAAAAGAGACAACAAGAGAAAGGUGAGGCGGACGAGGCUAAGAAAGCGCGAAGAGCUGCAGCAGAAGCUGCGGAACAACGAAGACUCGAGGCGGAUGAGGCGCGGCAAGCUGAAGAAGCUCGCAUUGCUAAGGAAGAACGGGCGAAGAGAGAACAGCAAGAACGGCUUGAGGUCGAGGAAUCCCAACGAGAAGCGGCCAAACGACAAUCUGUGAUUGAAAAGGCAGCUCGCUUGCAAAAGGAGUGUGAGGAGAAGAGAGAAGCCGAGGAGCGAGUUGUUAAGGAAAAGGCCGAAUCAGAACGGCUUGCAAAGAAGAAAGCAGAGGCUGAGGCAAAGAAGCUGCGAGAAGAGAAAGAAACAGAACGGCAAACACAGGCUGAAGAGGCUAAGAAGCUGGGUAUGGUAGAAGAGAGAAAAAUGCAGGAAAAACGAGCUGCUGAAGAGGCACUAAAGAAGAACUCAGCGUCACCCGAAGAGCAGAGACAAAGGCACCAUUCAUCACCCAUUCUUCCUAGAGCAGCUCCUUCAUCCGCGGCCAAGACCCAAUCAUCUACACCGUAUAUUCCGAGUGGUCGAAAAUCAGCUCUCAAGUUCUCACUAUCUUCUCAAGCCGUUAGCUCAUCCCCAAGCUCUCCUGAGGUAUCUCGAGGCGUUGGUAUUGAAGCCCAGAUGCCAUUGCCGUCGAAAAUGAACAGAAAGGUUUCUUUCGAUCUUCAUGAACGCAAAGAGACAGCGAUCAAACCACCAACCAGGAUCUUACCUCCAACAAAAUCAGCGACACCCAAAGUUUCAGUGUCAAAAGUUUCAACUCCAGCUUCGAAAGACUUGACACGGAAACUUUCACAGCAAGGAUCUGGUAACCACCUCAAAUCCUUUUUAUCCAAGAUGGCUAACCAUGCUCACGUUCUAGUAGCACCAGUGAAGCACCUUAAUACCCCGAUCCCGGUCCCUUCCGCUUUGAGACGAUCUAGUUUGGAACGGAGCAUAACGCCAAUUGGACGUGCUGCAGUGAUACCCCCGCCCAAAGUGCAAUCUCCGCAGAUCACUAGAACGAAAAUCACUCCUCCAACUCGUUCUGCAUCACAAAAGAGUGAAACACCUGUGAUCCCUCCUGAAAAGCUGAUUGUAAUCGAGGAUAGUGCUAGUUCUGAUUCAGAUUCUGAAGAAGAUAUCCCUGCCGUAGUCAGCCCUGCCAAAUUAGCAAAGUCCACUUCUCUGUCAUCAAAACCAACUUUACCCACCCUGGUUGCCGCUAAGACGGAACAGUCGGAAGAGGAAGAGGAAGAAGAGAUUGAUGAGGAUGAAACACAGAGUCACAAUCCUUCGACCCGUGACAGUCGGUCACCAGUCAUCUACAGCCAACACACGAAGACAGAACCAGUGCCUGCUUUGCGACCUGCGCUCGAAAGCCACAUCGGAAAGGACGGCGGUGACAAUGAAUCCUCUAAGAGCAGCUCGGAAGACUCGGAAGAAGAAUUUAACGAGCCAACUCCGAAACCAAAGUCAAGGGAAGUCCCGAUAAAAGAUGCGGAAGGUGAAGAAAGCGAAGAUUCGGAAGCUGAAGCUGAAGCCGCAAAAGCUGAAGCCCAGGACGUUGAGAUGGAGGAUGAUGAAGAGGAAGAAACGAGCGAGGAAUCUGCAUCUGAGUCUGAAGGCGAAGGCACUGAAGUCCAAGUCCCCAAGUCCAGUCCUCCGAUUCUCCCUGCGGCCAAGCCUGCCAAAGUAUCAGCGCCAAAGCCAACUCAAACCAAUAACUGUAAGGUCUCUACCACACCAGAGGAAUUGAGUACUCAAGACGAGAUCGAUCAACAACUAACCUCUUCUGUGUAUGAAGCCCGCUCGGCCAUCAAUUCUUCUGCAGUACCUUCCUCAAGUGCCAUUAGACCGGCGUUCAAAGUGGGAGCCAGCCUGUCAGGCUUGAAUUCCGCCAAACAACCACUCGGAUCGAAGACCACGAAGCCUUCGACUACGACGAAGAGUUCGCAGCAACCGAAAGUCAACAUGGAUAAUGGAAGCGAAAGCGAGGAGGAGGAGGAGGAGGAAAGCGAUGAACAGAGCACAUAUUCUUCUGACGAAGAACCGAGGAAACCAAUAGCUACCAAAUUCGCAAUGAAAUCUCAGCCGAAAGCAAAAUACUCGGACUCGUCGGACGAGGAUUCCUCCGAGAACGAGGACGAGAAAUCCAAGGCACAAAAGGAGCUUACGGCGAUGAUUGAGGGCCUGGCGAAUGGCGAUAGCCAGGUUAGCCUGCCGAGUCCGAAGGCGUAUCGAAGCUCGACGCAGCAGGAGGUCAAAAAGUAUGGGAAGAAAGGGGAGAAGAAGGUUGACAAGUAUACUACUGGGUACAAGUUUUCAAUGCCUAAGUGA